AUGGAAGGAGACGCCCCCGGUGGUGGCGAAGGUCUUACGCUGCUGGGGUUGUGGGCGAGCCUGUUCGUGAUCAGGGCGCGCAUCGCGCUCAACCUCAAAGGCCUCACCUACGUUUACACCGAGGAGAACCUCUCUGACAAGAGCGAGCUUCUCCUCAAGUCCAACCCCGUGCACAAGAAGGUGCCCGUUCUCAUCCACGACGGCAAGCCUGUCUGCGAGUCUCAGAUCAUCGUGCAGUACAUAGACGAGGCUUUCCCAAACGUCGCCGGCGCGCCCAUCCUUCCCUCUGACCCUUACGACCGUGCGGUUGCUCGCUUCUGGGCCUCCUACGUCGACGACAAGUUGUACCGCACGUGGGUACCCAUUUUCAGAGGCAGGACGGCCGAGGAGAGGGUGCAGGCGGCGACGCAAGUCGUGGCGGUUCUCCAGACGCUGGAACAGGCGUUCAAGAAGUGCUCCAAGGGGAAGCCGUUCUUCGGAGGGGACAGCGUGGGGCUCGUGGACGUCGUGCUGGGCGGCCACCUUGGAUGGCUGUACGCCACCGAGGCCAUCUGCGGGGUGAAGGUCGUCGACGCCACCAAGACGCCGCUGCUGGUGGCGUGGGCACAGCGGUUCUGCGCGCUGGACGCUGUGAAGGGGCUGAUUCCGGACGUGGACAGGCUUGUGGAGUAUAACAAGACCAGGCGGGCCGGCCUUGGGCUGCCGCUGCUCCUGCCGUACGUGGAGCUGCAGCAGUAA